AUGCGUGAAAGGUUUGCCACGAAUCAAAGCCAACUCGUCAAGAUUAACGAAUUUGACGCAAAAUAUUGUGCUGAAAAUGCGAUCGACUGGUAUACACGAGAUACAUUUUUAUAUCGUGAACUCAAUAAAGCCAUACGUACACCAGACUUCGAUGUUUCGUUUGCAUUUCGUUUUUAUAUUCGUGAUAUUUAUCAACAACUUGAGAUGUUGUAUAAAGAACAAGCGUGUUUCCUGCAUGCACAGACGGUUUACCGUGGUCAACUAAUGCAACCUAGAGAAGUUGAACGAUUGACUGUUGAAAAAAUAAUAUCCGUCAAUAGUUUUUUCUCUACUUCUAUGAAUAGAAAAGUUGCCAUUAAGUACGCAGGUCCACCAGCAAAAUCAAGCGGUCUCCUCGGAGUACUGUUCACAAUCAAAGUUGAAACUGAUAAAUCAUCCAAGAACAAACCAUACGCAUAUAUAAGCAAUUGGCACAGCGAAGAACAAGAAGUUUUAUUUAUGAUGGGCACCGUUUUUCGUCUGAAAGAACGUAAAUAUGAUGAAAACGAGGGUUUAUGGAUGAUUUCGCUAGAACUCUGCGGAGAAGAAGACAAAGACUUAAAAGCUGCUGAAAUAUCAGGAGAAGAAGAGAUUAAUAAAAAUGACAAUAGUAAUUCGUUCUACGGUCUAGUCUGUUCUUUGAAUAACAAAAUUAAGAGUUUACAACAGCAGUUCUCGGACGAUUUGGGUGAAUGCACUGUUGAUUCGCUCCGAGAUAAGAGUAUUUCACUUGUGAACAAAGUUUGGGAAGGCACUGAAGAUCCUGAUGCAAAAUCAAUGCAAGAAAGCCAGAUUCAAUUGGUGAAACAAAUCUGCAAAGACAUUGAAGCACCUCCUGAGGAAUUUGUAAAACAGACAUUUAUUCAAAGUGUUCAAUUUACGGACAAGCUAUUUGGAGACAUGAAAGAUCCUAUUAGAAAAUCGGAAAAAGAAAAUGUUCUUAAUAUUACUGAUAGCAGAACAUUCAACUGGUUUGCUCAGUCUUUGGGGAAUAUGAUCAAGAAUGAAACGGAGAACAAGUCGGAAGAAGAGGAGGAGGCUGACAUGAAAUCAAUCGCAGAAACAACUGUUCGAGGAGUCGAAUGUCUUUUGCACGAUUUUAGAAAUCCUAUUCACGAAUGGAUGACCCAAAAUAUUAGUGAAGAUGAUAGUAAUAAUUCUCAACCAUUAGUGGCUGGUUUAGUUGAGAAAAUUAAAGACCUAGGUGAGCAACUGCUGAAUACUAGAUCUUCUCUAACCACCUCGCCUCGCGGUGUCUCUCCUCCUCUUGAGCUUGAUUAG